AACGCUCAGAUGUUUUGGAGCAGAUCUGAACUACUGGCCAGGGUGGUGGUUCCUUUCCUGGAUUAGGGCUGAUUCUGUGGGAACUAGACCACCCCUGAGACGGGAGGGCAGCCUGAUGCCUCCCCAGGGCCUGGGCCCUCAGUGGAGCCCCUUCCUCCUAGGGAGGGAGCGCCCUGGCCUCACAUUCUCCCCUCCCCUCCUGCCUCCUUCCCUGCAGGUGAACUUCCGCAGCCACCGGAGCAGCCAGAGGUGCUGGGCAGAGCGGACCCUGGUGGAGAAGCGGCUGGUGGUUUUGGUGGCAAUUCUGGCAGCAGGACUGGUGGCUUGCCUGGCAGCCCUAGGAAUCCAGUACCGGACAAGAGGGCCUUCAGUGUGCCUGAGUGAGGCCUGUGUCUCAGUGACCAGCUCUAUCCUGAGCUCCAUGGACCCGACAGUAGACCCCUGCCAAGAUUUCUUCAGCUACGCCUGUGGGGGAUGGAUCAAAGCCAACCCCGUGCCCGACGGCCACUCUCGAUGGGGCACCUUCAGCAACCUCUGGGAACACAACCAAGCCAUCAUCAAGCACCUGCUUGAAAAUUCCACAGCCAGUGUCAGCGAGGCAGAAAGGAAGGCCCAAGUAUACUACCGUGCAUGUAUGAACGAGACCAGGAUAGAAGAGCUCCGGGCCAAGCCAUUGAUGGAGCUGAUUGAGAAGCUUGGUGGCUGGAACAUCACAGGACCCUGGGCCAAGGACAACUUCCAGGACACGCUGCAGGUAGUCACGGCCCACUUCCGCACCUCGCCCUUCUUCUCCGUCUAUGUCAGUGCCGACUCUAAGAACUCCAACAGCAACGUGAUCCAGGUGGACCAGUCUGGCCUGGGCUUACCCUCCAGAGACUAUUACCUGAACAAGACAGAAAACGAGAAGGUCCUGACUGGAUACCUGAACUACAUGGUCCAGCUGGGGAAGCUGCUAGGCGGGGGCGACGAGGACUCCAUCCGACCCCAGAUGCAGCAGAUCCUGGACUUCGAGACGGCACUGGCCAACAUCACCAUUCCCCAGGAGAAGCGCAGGGAUGAGGAGCUCAUCUACCACAAAGUCACGGCCGCUGAGCUGCAGACCUUGGCACCAGCCAUCAACUGGUUACCCUUUCUCAACACCAUCUUCCACCCUGUGGAGAUCAACGAAACUGAGCCUAUUGUGGUCUACGACAAGGAGUACCUGGAGCAGGUCUCCACCCUCAUCAACAGCACGGACAAAUGCCUCCUGAACAACUACAUGAUCUGGAACCUGGUGCGGAAGACGAGUUCCUUCCUGGAUCAGCGCUUCCAGGAUGCUGAUGAGAAGUUCAUGGAAGUGAUGUACGGGACCAAGAAGACCUGCCUCCCUCGCUGGAAGUUCUGCGUGAGUGACACAGAGAACAACCUGGGCUUUGCCCUGGGGCCCAUGUUUGUCAAAGCCACCUUUGCCGAGGACAGCAAGAACAUUGCCAGCGAGAUAAUCCUGGAGAUCAAGAAGGCAUUUGAGGAGAGCCUGAGCACCCUGAAGUGGAUGGACGAAGAGACCCGGAAGUCAGCCAAGGAGAAGGCGGAUGCCAUCUACAACAUGAUAGGCUACCCCAACUUCAUCAUGGACCCCAAGGAGCUGGACAAGGUGUUCAAUGAUUACACCGCAGUUCCAGACCUCUACUUCGAGAACGCCAUGCGCUUUUUCAACUUCUCUUGGAGGGUCACUGCCGACCAGCUCAGGAAAGCCCCCAACAGAGAUCAGUGGAGCAUGACCCCGCCCAUGGUGAACGCUUACUAUUCGCCCACCAAGAAUGAGAUUGUGUUUCCGGCUGGGAUCCUGCAGGCGCCAUUCUAUACCCGCUCAUCACCCAAUGCCUUAAACUUUGGUGGUAUUGGUGUCGUCGUGGGCCACGAGCUGACUCAUGCUUUUGAUGAUCAAGGACGAGAGUAUGACAAGGACGGCAACCUCCGGCCCUGGUGGAAGAACUCGUCCGUGGAGGCCUUCAAGCAGCAGACGGAAUGUAUGGUGCAGCAGUAUGGCAACUACAGCGUCAACGGGGAGCCAGUGAAUGGCCGCCACACCCUUGGGGAGAAUAUUGCUGACAACGGAGGCCUCAAGGCAGCCUACCGGGCUUACCAGAACUGGGUGAAGAAGAAUGGGGCUGAGCAGACGUUGCCCACGCUGGGCCUCACUAACGACCAGCUCUUCUUCCUGGGAUUUGCACAGGUCUGGUGCUCAGUCCGCACACCUGAGAGCUCCCACGAAGGUCUCAUCACGGACCCCCACAGCCCUUCCCGCUUCCGGGUCAUCGGCUCUCUCUCCAACUCCAAAGAGUUCUCAGAACACUUUCACUGUCCGCCUGGCUCCCCCAUGAACCCUCAUCACAAAUGUGAGGUUUGGUAAGGAGCGAAGCACACAGCCGAUACGGAGUUGGGGAAGAAGCUGAGAACCAGUCCCCACGGGGCUGUGGAGUCGCCCCUCCUUACAGGGUACUGCCCAAGCCCCUUGGCCACCCAUGGCCUCUUCCCCACACUGGAGGAUUUACAGCCAGCUGGCCCCAACCCUGGGCCACAAUUUGAUACCCUGUGAAGCCCUGGCAUUCCAGAUACCCCUCUAUCCAUGCUAGUGGGUGUCAGGCUGGUGGCUUACCAGGCCUGGGCCUCACACUGACAAGGGCAGUGGGAUGCAGCCCUUCGCCCACAUCCAAUGCCAGAUACACCACAAUACCACUGUGUCAAAUGUUUUAAAGAUAUAUUUUUGGGGAAACUCUUUUUUAAACAUUGUGGAAACACUGGAAAUCUUCAGGGAAAAAAUGCAUUUAAAACACUUCUUUUUAAAGGAAAGAUUGGUAUAUUUAUUAUGUUCUGUUUUUCUAAAUAACCUGUGGACAAAGGAAACCCCAUUGAUUUACCAAGGGGACCCUAGACCAUUAAGCAAGUCCCCUAAAUUGAGUCUCAAUUUGCCUCAGUCCUUAGGAUGUGCAAUUGUUUGUGUAGACAGGGCACGUGGGGGCUGAGCAGAGGGAGGAUACAGCUUAGGGGUCCAGCUCGCGGGCAACGGCCCCUGUCAGCUUGUCUGUCCCAUCUCUGGACCAUCCAUGGGAACCCCAACAAGGAAGGGCUUAUCCCUGAAGUUGUCUCGGGGGACUCGAUGAUUGUGGCAGCAUGAGGCUGCACAGUCUGGGGCACCCAAGGACCCUAGACUAAACUACAGGGACCCUGUGAGGCUGAGACAACCCUCUCUCCCUGCCCCCCAUCAGAUACGCAUUGCAGUCCAAAGAUGUCCUCUUUCAAUCCCUCCUCCUCUGGCCACUCCAUGUCUGUUGUAGGGACCUGUUUCCUGUCUGUAGCAAUUGCCCCAUCCAGGGUGGCUUGCUUCACUGAUCCUGUUCACCAAGGGAAAGACAGAAAAGAAAGAACAGCCCAAAUCCUCCCUCUGAGCCUUGUAGCUGCUGCUGGCCUGGCCUGGCUCCCAGGAUCAGUUCUCUAGUGCCUUACCUGAGGCUGCAGCCCAGAGCUCCACUGCGGAGCAGCCCCUGCCCAAGGGCCUUGGCCUCCUCAGCAGAACCCUCAAGCAUCUUUGACUAGAAGCCAAGGCCAUAGCCCUACUGCCAGGGCCCCCAGGUCUACCCUUCCCAGACCCCAGCAGCUCUGGCCUACAGGGCAGCUGCUCCUGAUGAUGUCACUUGAUUUGAAUCAAGCCAGUACUUACGGCUGUACAAACUCCUCCCCCAAGGUGGCUGAGAGCAAAAGGUUCCCCAUCCAGGUCUGGGCCUCGGGAAUUCCAUCCCUUUCCUGAGGGCACAGCAUCGUCCAACAGCAGAUGGAUACAUGGGCCCCCCCAGGUAGAGAUCACCGUGGUCCCUGCGGGGAGGCAAGCCCUUGUGACAAGACUGGACAGCCCAGCAAUACUUUGGAAGAGGUCCCUGGUCCCUUCAAGCAAGUUGAAGACCUGGUAGCUCUUCAAGAGAAAGUUAAGACAGGAGAUAGGAAAAUUUCUGGGGCUGGGCCCUGUCACACACGGAGAUGGGCCUUUCCUGUCCUGGUCAUCUUUGCCCCCUUUCCCCUACCGUCUUGCCUCCCCAUGGAGGGGCAGUCCUGCAAAGGGUCAGUACCACCAGCCAGAUGCAGAGGUCCUAGGCCAUGAUCCGGCCUGAGGAAGCUAGACUGCACUCAGUGCUCAGGGUGUGGGGGUGGACAGGGGCAUGGGGAGAAGAGGGCCCAGGCCUGGCAUGGGUACAAAGACAGCCCCCCACCCCACAAGCCUGGGAGCUUCCCUGUGGGUACAAGGACAUGAGGUUUGGAGCUGGGAAUCUAUUUUUUGUAUUAUGUUUUGUGCUACUGUAGUUUUGGCGUGGCACUAUUGUAAUUAAAGAACUUGUACCAAG